GACCAUGGCGGCGAGCGCCAAGCGGAAGCAGGAGGAGAAGCACCUGAAGCUGCUGAGGGAGAUGAGCAGCCUCCCGCCCAACCGCAAGUGCUUCGACUGCGACCAGCGCGGCCCCACCUAUACCGACAUGACGGUGGGCAGCUUCGUUUGUACUUCCUGCUCCGGCAUCCUGAGAGGUUUAAAUCCACCUCACAGAGUGAAGUCCAUUUCAAUGACCACAUUCACACAGCAAGAAAUAGAAUUUCUUCAGAAGCAUGGGAAUGAAGUAUGCAAACAGAUUUGGCUAGGAUUAUUUGAUGAUAGAUCAUCAGCAAUUCCAGACUUCCGGGAUCCUCAAAAAGUCAAAGAAUUUCUACAAGAAAAAUAUGAAAAGAAAAGAUGGUAUGUUCCUCCAGAACAAGCAAAAGUUGUGGCUUCUGUCCAUGCAUCUAUAUCUGGAUCUUCUGCUAGUAGUACAAGUAGUACUCCGGAAGUUAAACCACUUAAAUCUCUCUUGGGAGAGUCUGCACCAGCACUGCACUUAAAUAAAGAUACACCUACCCAAUCUCCUAUUACAAUUCGGUCUCAAGGGCAGUCACAAGAAAAGAAACAGUUUGAUCUUCUCAGUGAUCUUGGUUCAGAUAUAUUUGCUGCUCCUGCUCCGCACACCAGAGCUACUGCAAAUUUUGCUAAUUUUGCACACUUCAACAGUCAUACAGCGCAGAACUCUGCAAACGCAGGUUUUGCAAACUUUGAUGCAUUUGGACAGUCUAAUGCUUCGAGUAAUUUUGGUGGUUUCCCCACAGCAAGUCAGUCUGCUUUUCAGCACCAAAAUACAGGUGGGAGCGCUGGAUCAGUGAAUGCUAACUUUGCACACUUUGAUAACUUCCCCAAAUCCUCCAGUGCUGAUUUUGGAGCCUUCGGUGGUUCUCAGAGCAACACAACUGCAGCCAGUAAAGCUGUAGUGAAUAAACCAUGUCUCCAGUCAGCAGAUAAAUACGCAGCUCUUGCUAAUUUAGAUAAUAUCUUCACAGGGCAAGGUGGUAAUGAGCAAGGAAAUGGCUUUGCUGCCAGUACAGUACCAGCAGCUCCUGCUGUGUCAGCUCCAAGUCAAACAAGUACAUCUUCAGACAAGUAUGCAGCUCUAGCAGAAUUGGACAGUGUGUUCAGCUCCACUGCAACCACUAGUAAUGCAUAUACUUCCACCAGUAAUGUUAGCAGUAGUGCUUUUGGAAAAGUUCCAGUUGGUGCUAAUACACAGACGCAGUCUGCAUCAUCCAGUGUUCCUGCUCAGUUUGGAGCAACACCAUCCACAAAUCCAUUUAUGGCUGCACCUGUAGCUGCAGUAGCAGCAUCAACAAAUCCAUUCCAAACCACCAGCCGAGGAGCAGCAGCAACAACAUUUGGCACAGCUUCCAUGAGUAUGCCUGCAGGAUUUGGAACAACUGCCUCAUACAGUCUUCCUACUAGUUUUAGUGGUAACUUCCAGCAGCCUGCAUUCCCAGCUCAGGCAGCUUUUCCUCAGUCUGCUUUCACUCAGCAACCUAACGGUACUGGUUUUGCUGCAUUUGGACAAGGAAAAUCAGUAGUAAUCCCAUUUGGGCAAGUUACAGCUGUUGGAGUCUCCAGUAACCCUUUUAUGGCAGGAGCAGCAACGGGGCCUUUUCCAACAGGAAGCUCGUCAACUAAUCCUUUCUUAUAGCCUUAUAGACACUUUACUUAAAAGAACUCUAUGUGAUCACAUAACAUCUCUAUGCCUCUUGCACUGUUGUCUUGUUUCACUGACCUUAGCUUUAAACACAAAAUAAGUCUUUCAGAAAAAAAAGUCUGUGUUGUGUAUUAAAACCAAGGAACACGAGGUGAUGUACAAAACAUGGGACUGUGGUAACAUCCUUUCUUGUGCAAUGGCAGGAGAAUGUUAAUAGUAUCAUGUAUAUUAAAAUUGGCUAAUAUUAAGUUAUUGCAGAUAUCAUUCAUUAUGCUGCAGUAUUGUACAUAUUUUUCUCUUAGGAAUUAGUUAUUUGUGCAUAUCAGUAUUUGUAACUUUUAACACACUGUUAUGUGAAAAAUGUUACUGGGAGAAAUAGAUCAGCCAGUUUAAGGUGCUGUCAUAUAUCUUGGAAUGAAUGGCCUAUAUCAUUUUAACAUUGCUUGUUGAGAUUUAUGAAUUCAGAACUGAAGUUUUAUUCAUUUCUUGAAGUGUUUUUUUCCCUUUCCUGAAGAGCUCUUCUAUUUAUACAUGCCUAAAUUCUAUAUAAUGUGGAGGGAUACCUGUCUGCAUAAUAAAGCUGAUCAUGUUUUGCUACAGAUUGCAGGUGGAAAAAAUAAAUAUUAAAAAAGUUUGUUGUUGUCAGCAUUUGCACUAACCAAUUUUGUUAAUUUUCAAAAUCACUGACAAAAUGUUGAAAUUGCAUUAUUUCCUUAGCUGUUUCAGUAAGGUUGCAAACUGUUAACAGUACAUCCUGUUAACAAUAGGAAUAUAACUACUGAUCAGUCAGUAAAAUAUGAAAUUGCCUUUAUUUUGAAAACUGUCUAACAAAUCUAAUUUAAAAUGAGUAGUAGAGAAUAUGUUCAUUUCAUUUGUUGUUUAAAUGUUUCUUCAUUUCAACUUUCAGUAAUUGCUGAUUCUUAUUGGUUAAAACAAGUUGGUAAGAUUGAUUUUGCAGCUUUAUUGAAACCAAACAGCCAGCAAAUACUUAAUAAAACCAAACUUUAGCUUCGGU